CCGACAGCCUCUCCGGGGGAAUCAUGGCGUGCGCCCCACAACAAAUUCCACCGUCGUGAUUGUCUUCCUCUUGUCCACUGGUGUCUCGACCUGUCGGAUCCUGCGAUGUUGGGAGCGGCGAGGAGUCUGAUUCAUGGGUAAUCAGCUGUUUUGGGGUUAAAAGCGCGGACAAAAAUUCGAAUCAUGCAUGCUUUACGGCGAAUUGGAGGCACUGGUUCGAUAUUGAAACGUUUCAGUGAGCUAGUGUCGAAGCCUCAUCUGAAUUCACCUCGGGAAUUUUCCGCGAGAUUCUGGUCUUCUUCAAGCCGUGGCUCCAAGAAUGGAGAAGAUGAGUGGAAUGAGGCUUGGGAAGCUGCUUGGCUACCGGAGGACCUGACGCCGAAGGCCCGGGCUCCGUGGGAGACCGACGUGAAUUUCCCUUCAGAGGACUCCACGACGGUUCUUUCGGCAGAUGUUGAUGCGGAGACGAAGGCUUUUGUUGAGGACAUGAACGAAAAUUGGAACGAGAGGCGAAAAGGGUCGAAGGCUCAGCAGCAGGAAAAGCUGCGUGAGGGUGGUAAUGGUGCGCUUUACAGCGUCGAGAAUAUGAAGAAGGAUUAUCGGUUGAAGAAGCAGAGGAUACACGCGAGUCUAUGGAUGAAGGAGAUUGAGAAGAUGGAGGAAGCCAAAUUAGGGGAUUCCACAGUGGGUGGUGGAGACGAUAUUGAGAGACUGCUCGAUAGCUGCUCCGACAUUUUUUAUUCUGGCAACAAUGAUCUAAACAAUGCAAAAGUUCCAAGUUCUUCUGAGCUAAAAAAUGCUCCCGAUGGUUGGGAAACGACAGCAAAAACUCCAGAUGGAAAUAUAUGGGAGAUGUCGCAGAGAGAAGAAGAUAUUCUACUCCAAGAAUUUGAUCGCCGGAUUGCUUAUUGCAAGUUUCAGAUUGCUAGUUUUAUAAAGACUCAUAUUUUCAGCCGGCGAAGACCGAUAGACGGAUGGAAAUACAUGAUAGAGGUCGUGGGACCAAAUGCUAAGAAAGGAAAAGGUAGUGUUUCUAGAGUGCCUGCCCUAUCUGAUGCAUCUACUCAGCCCUUCAAGGAGGACAAGACUUCAGUGGAGAAGACUUACCUUGAGGGAAGGUAAGUAUUUGUUGUGAUUCUCGUUAACAGCGUAAACCUCACAGUUAUAGCAAACUUGAGAUGAAAGUACUAUGUUUUACUGAAUCUCGAUGCCCCAGCAUGAGGUUUUGCGUUCAAAAUUCCAACUCAUGCACUUUUAUGGAAUGAGAUUACGCAGUGUGUUUCAUGGGUCAUGAGUGGGUUUGUUCUUUUACCUCACGACAUUUGUUUUCUUGAAUUUUUAUGCUGGCCUGUCGGGAUGUCGAAGAUGCAUGGAAAAACGGAUAUCCCGAUUCCUAUAUUGAAAUAAAAACUUCAUCCAAGAUCUAAGGUGGACUUUGC